CCGGGGCGUGGCCUCGCGCAGCCCCGCCCUCCUCGCGGAGACCCGGCAGGCGGGCGGCUAGCGGCGGCGGCGGCGCAGACAUGGCUGCGCUGGUGGAGCCGCUGGGGCUGGAGCGGGACGUGUCCCGGGCGGUGGAGCUCCUCGAGCGGCUCCAGCGCAGCGGGGAGCUGCCCCCGCAGAAGCUGCAGGCCCUCCAGCGAGUCCUGCAGAGCCGCUUCUGCUCCGCCAUCCGGGAGGUGUAUGAGCAGCUCUAUGACACGCUGGACAUCACGGGCAGUGCUGAGAUCCGGGCCCACGCCACAGCCAAGGCCACAGUGGCAGCCUUCACAGCCAGUGAGGGCCAUGCACAUCCCAGGGUAGUGGAGCUGCCCAAGACUGAUGAGGGCCUGGGCUUUAACAUCAUGGGGGGCAAGGAGCAGAACUCCCCCAUCUACAUCUCCCGCGUCAUCCCUGGAGGCGUGGCUGACCGCCAUGGAGGCCUGAAACGUGGGGACCAGCUGCUGUCAGUGAAUGGUGUGAGUGUGGAGGGUGAGCAGCACGAGAAGGCAGUGGAGCUGCUGAAGGCAGCCCAAGGCUCGGUGAAGCUGGUGGUACGUUACACACCCCGUGUGCUAGAGGAGAUGGAGGCCCGCUUUGAGAAGAUGCGCUCUGCCCGCCGGCGCCAGCAGCACCAGAGCUACUCGUCCUUGGAGUCUCGAGGCUGAAACCACAUAUCUGGACCCUCACCCUCACCCCCUCCCCUGUACAGUAUUUAUUGUCACCGGCUCCUUAUUUAAAGAUCUUUGACCCUCA